AUUGCACAAUGGAAAAGUUUUCAAAAAUUCAACUGACGGCCAUGACAGCAUUAAUUAUGUACGAUAAAGAUCCUAUGAGAAUAUUUAUUAGACCAUUAGAGCUUUGGAAAGAGUAUCGUAAUCUCGCAAUCUUUCGAAUGCCCACUUACAGACCAUAUAGACUCAUUCCGAAUUUUAAAAGUUACUGGCUAAAAUGGACAGAGGAACAAUUUUUCUGGGAAGAAAUAGACGAAAGUAUGAUGAAGCAUAUCAUCUGCCAAUCAGUUUUAAAGAGUGGAUCAAGAAAUUUACUUGUUGAUGGAAAAUGCGGUAAGAGGGAGGAUGAAGCGUCAAAAAAGUUACAAGAUUUAUUUGUUGAAGGAGAGAUUGUUGAGUAUUAUGAUAAUUGGAAAGAUUUUCCAUCCUAUUACGAUCAGUUUAAAAAGGAUUUGCAAGAAUUACUGAAUAUUGACUUUAUCUUAUGCCAAUAUACAAAGUAUAUAUCUAUUCAUGAAUAA